AUGCGAUUCUCCUAUCCUGUACUCGUGGCUAUAACCUUGGCAUGUUCCGACAGUGCGACAUUGGACGAGGAAGCGAGGACAUUAGAGAUUAUGAAGCCCUUGAUUCUAAAUCUGGAGGUGCUGCAGCUCCGGACACAAGGCAAGCAUAUAGGCGACUCUUUCACCAAAAUGCGGAAUGGCAUCGCAAAAGCACAAGACGCCAUCAUCGCUAUCCUAAGCCACCCAAAGAUGGCGGCGCUAGAGAGACUCCACUCAGCUCCAGUCGUGGUCAAGAGGUUUGUGUUUCAGUUUGGAAAUCAUGUGGUGGCGCAAGUACUCGUUCGUGCGAAAGAAUCCAGCAAUAAGGAUGUCGUGAGGAUCGCGACAAAACUGUUGAAGGCGCAGUUUGAAUCCUGGGGUCGCCGAUCUGCCGCCAACGUGUUUAAGCUGAUGAAACUUGACGACGCUGCGAGCGAGGAAUAUCGUGAUUUCAGCUGGAAAAUCACCGUCUUGAACGAUUAUAUCGCGGCCCGCCUGACCGACUUGCCCCUGAAGAAAACACUUCUAAGGACCUUGGUAAAGGGUUACGGUGGCAUGGACAAACUCGUAGCCAUCCUGCAUGGCGCAAGACAGUCCAAUGACGAUCAAGCGAAGCAGAUGGCGGAGACUCAAUUGACCAACAUGUUCGAUCUUUGGAAAACUCGCGACACGUCACCAGAGAGAGCUGUUGAUUUGCUGAAGAUGAAAGGCCGACCAGAAGCCUUUACAGCUGCGAAUCUGGAUGUACUCGCAGCCUACACGAGACAUUACUACAAGGAUAGAAGCGGUGGGCCGCCGCCUUUGAUUAAGGUACUGUCCGACGGGAUUCGCAGUCACGGCCAACUAGCCGUUGCACUUUCAACGCAAUUAUCGAAAAAAGAGACGCCACAAUUGCGGGAACUUCAGCUUGAGCUAUUCAAACGUUGGUGUGCGUCGGGUGGGGCUCCAGAAAAUGUCAUUGGUCGAUACUUACAACACAUAGGCGAGAAGGACGCGGAUUUGGUUGCGAAAGACUUUCGUGAUUACUGGAACAAAAGGGGGACGCUCGGCGUUGCUCGGUGA